UGCAAUGUCCAGCUCGACGACCGCGUCCGGUAUCGUAUAUCGACGAACCCUGCCAGCACAACGUAAACCACGACCGGCCAGUAUCGCCGUCACGGGCGUAUCUGCUUCCGGCCUGAAGGAAGAUAAACCUCCACUCCCAAAGACAGGAUCCGGCGCAUCGACCGGCAGCGGUGUAUCUAGCGCGACCAGCAAACAUCGGCUAUCGAGCGCUGGUUCCGGCAGCAUCACCACGACCCCUGCAAAAUCCGCAUCCGGCACGGAAACGCCCACGAAGAAACCGUUGACGCUGCACUCGGCAGAGAAACGUUCCGCGGGCGCGAGAGGCACCACACCGAAAGCGUCCUCUACGCCGCUGCAAUCACCUGGACCGGAGAAGGCAUCGCGCAACCUGCUGGAUUCGUUGAAGAAAUCGGCCGAUGGCCCCAAGAAAGCCCCGACGCCGAAGACUCCCGCUCAAAAGGAUGAUGCAGUGGUGGUGGAAGCCAAACAGGAACCGCCGUCGGUUGCUGCUCCCAAGGUGGAAGAGCUGAGCGCCCAGCAGGAAGCGAUCCUGCAACGUGACGACGGCUCGCAGCAGGCUUCACUGGUAGAGGUGGAUCAAUCGUUCGGACAAGAGGAACAGCCACAGCAGCAGCAGGAAGAGGUGGUGGUUCCGGUGCAGCAAGAAGCUCCGGCACCCGCACAGACAGAGGACGCUGAACUACCAAAGCAAGCAGAAGAAGCCGUUACGGUGGAGGUAGUAGAACAAGCGCCAAUCACGAAGCAACAACAGCAAGCUCCAUUGGAGCAACAGGACGUUAGUGCUGUUCAAGCAGCAGAGCCUACAGUGAUGGUCGCGGAAGAGGUACCAGAGAACGUUAACGGUAGUUUAACUGUUGAAGUAUCUGGGGCCGGGGCUGACGCAAUGACCGCUUCCAUGAUCGCCAAGCGCAUCAACACGGAGGAGGAAGCAAAGGCUGCACUGGCCGAGCGUCGUCGUCUGGCGCGCGAGGAAGCCGAACGACUGGCGGAACUGGAGCGCAAGCGUAUCGAGGCCGAGGAGCAGGCCGAGCGGCAGCGCAUCCUGGAGGAAGAAGAGCGCCUCCGCAAGCUGGAAGAGGAAACGAUCCGGCUGGCCGAGGAGCAGCGGCGCAUGGAGGAGGAGCGGCUUCAGCAAGCCAUCGAGGAGGCACGCCGACGGGAUGAGGAGGAGCGCAAGCGGCGUGAAGAGGAAGCCCGGCAAAAGGCGGAGCGCGAGGAGGCCGAGCGUAAGGCGCGCGAGGAAGCCGAACGGCAGCGCGUCGAGAUGGCCGAGCGGCUGAAGAAGGAGGAAAAGGAGCGCGAGGAACGCCGGAAGCGCGUUGAAGCAAUCAUGUCCCGUACCCGUGCCAAGGGAGCGGCCAACAAUACGCCGACAAAGAAUAACGAAGACGACAAGGAAAAUGCCAUGUCCAAGAGCCAGAUUGUACUUUCGUCCACGCCGGCCGCCCUACCAACCGGUACUGCCAUGUCCGCAUCUACCAUAUCGAUGACCGAUUCGUUCAUUGCGUCCGAAAUUCGACAAGAGCAGCAGCAGCAGCAGCAACAGACCCAACACCAGUCCCUGGAACAGGCAAUGGAGUCCCUGUCGCUGAGCAACAACAACACCACCAGUAGCAAUAGCAGCAGUAGCAGCAGUGACACCCUAGCCAACAGUAGCACCAUUAACAACAACAUCAACAAUAACAACAACAACACCAACGGCGGUAACGUGCAGUUCGACAAGUCCGUGACGGAGAAGGAGAACCUACUGCUCGCCAGCAGUACCGCCGGUGCCGCCGUGGUGGUGGCUAACAACAAUCUCAACAACGGUAGCACCAGCAAUGGUACCGUGGUCGAACCAGCCACCAACGAGGAAGGCACUAACGGCACCAAGGGUGAGUCGCUUCUACUGACGACGAACGGCAAAUCGGAGCAGCAGUCGCCAGCGAUGAUGGCGAGCAGCAAUGGCAGCAGCAAUGCCACCACAGCCAACAGCACCUCGGACCUGAUCAUCGAGGAUGCGCUGAUGGGCCAAACCAACGGACACAAGAACGGCACCAUGGACAAUGUGUUUGCUGUGAAUGAUUCGAUGAAGGCGCAGACCGUUCCGACCGAACUAACUAACGAUUUCUACACGCCGAAAAAUGGUGAUCAUCACCAGAACGGCGGCAGCAGCGGCGACGGCGCUGAUCGGGACGCAUACCCUUCCUUGAUCGAGCCGAACACUGCCGGAACCGAACAGCAGCAGCACUGCUCGUCCUUUGACUCGUCUGGCACUGUCUCAACUAUCACGACAGAAACAACCAUCGUUAUGGCGGACGGUGCAAGCACCAAUGCUGACCAGUUGAUCGAUUUCGCUAGCUUUUCCACCAGCGAGGAACCGUUCGGCCAUUCGAUGCCUCGCGAUGCAAGCGUCAGCGAUGCUAACUUCAACCCGCUUCUCGCCUCUCCCGCGUUCGGCGGUAGUGUUGCUGGUGCUGGCAGCGAGAACGAGACGAGCCUAGCGCAACAUACACCCCUCGAUGUGCAUAACAUAUCCAACAACAAUAGUAUUAACCCCUUCUUCACUGUGACCGAUCCCGUGCUGCUCGACAGCAAACGACGAGAGUCUGGUGGAAACGAUGCGCCCGAAGCGGUCCUCUUUGAUCUAACCCUUGAUAACACCGGGAACGGCGGCAGCAACAACAGUAUCACUAGCAGUCCCUUUUUCAAUAACAACAACAACAACAACAAUAACACUGCACCAUCAUCCAACAACACUCCCUGGCUAGUCUCGGCGACAACCGACGGUCAAGAGAAUCGAGACUUGUCGCUCUUGUGAACGAGUAAGGUGUAAAAGAAGGCAAGCAAAAACAGUGCGCAUCCGUGUGGCAGAGCUAAUCAAAUUCCGACGGGCUGAAGAGAAGAUUGUAAAUCCGUGUGGCACACCUCUCUGUGGUCAGCAGUAAGAAAAGAAGGAAGUGAUCGUCCAGACAGCAGCAGCAGCUGCGCGACAACAGUUGCAGACGUGGGUGCACGAGUGCGCGCGCCCGAGCGGCCAUUGCUUCCGGGCCAAUGUGAAUGGGAAGGGCAACAUUGUUCCAUUACUGCUACCGAUCGAUCGAUGUGUUUUACCCGAUAGUCAAACAUAGCUAAUAUAUGUGAAGUGAAGAAGUGAAGUAAGGGGAAAGCAAACCCCCCAGCUAAGCAGCGGAAUCGCGCGGAACACGAGCCAGGGCACUGAUUGGAAAAACAAAAAAACAAAAAAUGGUUCGCGGCCACCAGGUUUCUGUUUCGCUGUAGGAUAGGUAACAAAACAAAAAUCUAAUGAAAAGCUGUUAAAGGUUAAAGGCCGCCGGCAAGCGGAAGGAGAACGGCACGAGCACGAAACAACGGGACGGAAGACGUAGAAGGCGUGUAGAAACGAAUGAUGAAAAGUGAAAUCAGACAAAAAACACAGGCAAAACAAAUAUCUAACGUAUAUUCACGUUUAUCACGCUGAAGUUACACUUGUGCAUCAGGAUAAAAAAACAAAAAUCAAAUUGUCUUAUUAUUAUGAUAAGGGGAUGAUACUGAUAGGAGCAUCGAAACUGACUGAGGACAUAUGAACAGACCACGUUAUUUGAGAACACCUCCAAAAACACUCCCUCAAAGGCAGCACUCCUCCACUUCCUCCUCUUGCGCACCAGGUACCAGGUAGUAACCAGCAAGUCGAACUCUGUUUGAGGGGAAACAUAAUUUUACUGUGUAUAGUUUAGAAGAAUACGAACAAGCAAACAGACACACAGAUAUACGCUUCCCCCCACCCUUAAUGCUACUUCCCAUACGUAAGCUACAAUCUAAAAAUUGUAAAUUUAUUAUAAUUCCAAUAUGUGCAACCAAUUUUGUCCGCUACUAUGGCCAGUGCGCAUCGGCUGUUACUGCUGCGCACGUUCGAAAUGUUUGGUACACGUGUCAUGUACUUUCUGAAGCAUCGCGAUACACAUCCUACCUUUCAAGUAAGGCGUAGGACUAUGUUGGUAGUUUAUGUUUUAAAACGUUCAACAACUUUUCUGUUUUCUCAGUUUUUGUUUGUUUUUUUUUGUGUCUGCUUACAUUUCCGUCGAAGUGUAUGACCUUGAAUGGCGUAUAAAUUGUGUAUUAUAAUUUAUUUGCGUAUGAUACACCAUCAUCAUCAUCAACAUCAUCAGUAGGGUUGGAAGGUGUAAAAAGCACACGCCGAGCGUAGUUCUACAAUUGUUUGUAGCUGCGUAGAUUAGGCAAGCCCCCCAAUAUAUCCCUUCUCUACUUUCUUUAGUUAAGCGUGUUCGAUCGUAAGCCUUUUGUCUAGUUUCAUUUUAUCAACGAGUGCUACAGUUAUAACUCAAUCGAGGAAUAAGUCAGUUACGAGAGCGAUAAGAAAGGUAGAAGUGAGUUGUUGUGAACACACAUCAUCCCCCCUUAUUAACUACACAUUUGUUUUUCGUGCGGCACAUUAUGUGAAUGCCGCUUUGGUGUACCGUGAAUCGCGCAGUGUUUAGUCAGUAAUUUGCAAAUCAAAACGUGUAAAGAAAACUAAUAAAAAUUCAACAUUAAAAGACUUAUUCAAAAUGAAGCAAAUGGAUACCGUGUAACGACAUGCUGGACAUUCUUGGAAGGGAAUUAAAACACACACAUAAACACAGAGGAUAGAGGACAUGAAAUGUGCUUUUAGCAAAUGCAGAAGAAAUGCAACAAACGAGAGCUAAUCAAAUCAAGCGGUGGCGCGCCAUCGGCGAACGUUUGCAAUCCCCUCCUAUCCUGGUGCGAUAGGGUGAGCUCUAAGGGUGUGCAAACCAUCUUCACCGAGCGGAAGCGUUGCAGAUUGUAAAAAUGCAACAAGCAUAAAAGAGGGAAGAAACCAAUCAUCAGUGUUUGAUAACGCGCAAGAGAGGAAGUGUAGGGCCGGGGCCGAUCUUCUAUCAAUGGUACCGGUUUAAUUGACUAUUUGAUUAAUAACUGAUUGACACAAAACAAAACAAAAACCUAUCAAAUUCACACCUCGUGUGUCCCGUGAUCGUUUGUGAUCGCCGGUGGAAAAAGAAAAUACAAGCGAGAGGAUCCCAUUUGGAGCAGCAGAAGUGGUGCAAUACAAACACAAACACAUGGCGGUAGUGUUAUACUAUUACACGCAGCUUUGUUCUUGCUUACUGCAUAGGACCCCUAUUGCGCACGUUAGAAGAAAUGGUCAAAAAAAGGAUACGAAGCAGGCCUUGGAAAAGCCGGUAGCCGGAAUAUAAAUAGCAUGAAUGUGUGGUGAAUGUAGAGAGAAAGGAAGAGAAGCGAGAAAGAAAGAGAGAGAUAAUCCUAGUAUUCUAAUCUGUUAAAUUAUGAUGUAUAAAACAAAACAAAUUGUGCUGAGGAUGGGAGUGUCCUUUGUAAACAUCCACACAAAAAACACAUAAAACACAUACAGCACACACUGAAACAUUCACACGUUUACUAAAGAGAGAGAGUGCGAAAAGGGUGAAGCCGGCGUUCCUCCCACCAGGGCAGGAACAAAUGGCGGAGAACCCCAUUGAAGCGAGUAACUAACAGCUUACACACACAAAAAAGAAAAGAAAAAAGGUACACACUCACACUCACAGAGAGAAAGAUACACGCGCGUACAGUCUAGUUUAAAACUAAUCCUACAAAUAAAUGUGUUAAUUUAUAUGUACCACACACACACAAGGAGUUACUUCUUUGCCUUUUUGGAACCUUGGCUUGCCCCGGUGUUCGGUGUUCGGUGUAGAGUGUAGCGAAGCAGGGAGGAGUUGUAAUUGUUUCUUUCGUUCUUUUAACAGCAAACAAAAGUCAGUAACAGGAUGAGAGUGGCAAGGACCAGAGGAAGAAACGAACAGGACAAAACAAAAGUCAAAACUGCUAGAGAGAGAAAAGAAAGCAGGAAAGAAUAGAACGAGAGAAGAGAGAGAGAGAGCGAGAAAGAGAGUAAAGUUAAAUUAUUCAACUGUAUGUUUUCCAAUGAUAAUGUUUUUUUUUCUCUUUAUCUUAUUCUUUUUUGCAAUAAAAUCAGAAGAAUAGUAACAGAA